CGCUCGUCCCGCACCAUGGCGCUGAGCGACACCGCCCUGCCCUCCUUCGCCACCUUCGCCAGCCCCUGCCGCGAGAAAGCCGCGCACGAAAGGUGGAAGUGCGAGCAGGAGGCCAAGACCCCCGCCGGCACCUGGGGCGGCCUCUCCCCGCGCAAAGAGGAUGAGGAUCUCAACAACGUGCUGGAUUUUAUCCUUUCCAUGGGCAGCGACGGCUACGGCCAGGGCGCUGCCGGCGGGGAUUAUCCCCCCGCCCAAGGAGACAGCGGUGGCUUUUACCAGACAAACCCGUCCCCGGGAUGCUACAAUGCCCUGGAGCAGGGCAGCCCCCCGCCCUACAACGCCGGCAUCGUGCCGGAGAUGAUGCGUUCCGAGAUGGACUCCAACUACUGCCCUCCUGGCAGCGUCCACGGCCGCUUCUUUGUGACGCCCACCUUCGGGGGCCCGCAGUUCGUUGAGAACAUUAAGCCCGAGCCCGACAUGGACAAUUAUGGACCGGUCCUGGGUCUGGUGCCCCAGGCUUGCCCGAAGAUCAAGCAGGAGGGGAACGCGACCUGCAUGAUGGCCUACGAGCAGCCCCGGGUGGCCAGCUCCCCGCAGAUCCCCGGGGCAGAGACGCCCCCGCUGAGCCCCGACGAUCUCAUGGUGACCGAGUGCCACACGCAGAUGAUGUGCCCCUCGUCUGUGCCCUACCAGCAGAGUUACCACCCGGCCUCCGGCUUCCACCACCCGCAGACCCACCUCCAGUACCAGAACACCUCCCAGUUUGGCCUUUUCGAGGACAGCCUGCCCUUACAGCCCUCGGCUCCCAGGGGGAUGCUCACCCCUCCUUCAUCCCCUCUGGAGCUGCUGGACUCCAAACCAAAGCGGGGACGCCGGUCGUGGCCGAGGAAGAGGACGGCCACUCACACGUGCAGCUACGCGGGCUGUGGGAAGACCUACACCAAGAGCUCCCACCUGAAGGCGCACCUCAGGACACACACAGGUGAAAAGCCCUACCACUGCAACUGGGAAGGCUGCGGCUGGAAGUUCGCACGCUCCGACGAGCUCACCCGCCACUACCGCAAGCACACGGGCCACCGGCCCUUCCAGUGCCACCUGUGCGACAGAGCCUUCUCCAGGUCAGACCACCUGGCUCUGCACAUGAAGAGGCACAUGUAGCCCCAGGGAGCCUGCCCUGCCCGCUGGGGACUUGACUGAACUGCUCAGGUGCAGAAGAGUUCCAAAAUCUGUAGCUGGUACUACAUAAGGGAGGCACCGACCGACCGAGCGACGCUCCAGGACGGACGCGCGGAGGAUGAGACACGAGGAGGCUCAGCCAAAAUUCCCGCAGGGAAUUCCUGCCUGAGUCAGUGACCUGCCCGUCCCGGUCAGGAGAACAGGGGUUAAUUUAUGCAGCUUCUGUGAAGGGUAAACUCCAUAAGACUCCAUACAGAUUGUAUAGAAGAAGCUGUAAAUAUGUUUUUUAAUUCUCCCCCCCCCCC